CCCUUUGACAUGUCAUUUUAAACCAAUCAUUGCCACUGAUGAGCUGUCCCUAAAUGAUAAUCUUGCUCUCCUCCCUUUUGCACUUACCCCGGCCUGCUGUGCAUUUAUGACCUGAAAUGUAUCGCGUAUGCAUUAUGUAUUGUAUCUUUGAACACCGCUAAAUGAUAUAAAGACACAUUAUCUCCUCGGGACAAGUUGUGUGUUGGAUUUCCUGUUUGUGGAGAAAAUAACGAGGUUCAUUGCAUGCGUACUUGCAAUGAUCAUUUAUUUGAUACACUUGCCACGUGUGCGUUGUGUGCGCGAGGGGCAAUAAAUCUUUUACAAUUUAACUCAUGCCUCAGCGCGCACGUGUUGAAUGUGGAGUUUGAUCUCCUGCUGCGCGAAACGAGCUCGCUCAUUCACUCAUCCUCGGCGAAUUCCUGCUCGCGCUUGGUUGUCUCUGGCAACCCGCAGAGAGAAGACCUUAGAUCUUGCAGUCACUCAGCAAGGAAGCACCAUGUCUACGACACCGUCUACAGGCGGAGGAGGUGCUGCCUUUGUCGCCGUGGACGUAGUGGUACUGGGGCUCUAUUUCGUCUUGCUUCUGGCCGUGGGCUUUUGGUCAAUGUGGAAGACGAAGCGCAGCACAGUGGAUGGUUACUUCCUGGCAGGGAAGAGCAUGACUUGGUGGCCGGUAGGGGCCUCACUGUUUUCCAGUAACAUCGGUAGCGGACACUUAAUCGGGUUGGCCGGCUCCGGAGCAGCGGCGGGUAUCGGGGCAAUCGCCUACGAGUGGAAUGGAAUGUUCAUGGUGCUGCUCCUUGCGUGGAUCUUCCUGCCCAUUUAUCUGGCCUCCGGGGUAACAACCAUGCCGGAAUAUUUACAGAGGCGAUAUGGCGGGAGAAGAACGCAUUUGUUUAUAGCCAUCUUGUCCUUGUUUAUUUACAUCUUCACCAAGAUAUCGGUGGACAUGUACGCCGGUGUCUUGUUUAUACAGAUGGCUUUGAAGUGGGACAUCUACGUGGCUAUCGUGUUUCUACUGUCUGUCACUGCUCUCUUCACUGUAGCAGGUGGUUUGGCUGCAGUCAUCUACACCGAUGCUGCUCAAACGGUUAUCAUGCUGGGGGGAGCGCUCAUCCUCAUGGGCUUUAGUUUUGCAAAGGUGGGAGGCUGGAAUGCUCUGAUGGAGGGCUACUUCGAUGCCAUCCCAUCGGUUCGCGUGCCGAACACGACGUGUGGUAUCCCCCGAGAAGAUUCCUUCCACCUAUUCAGGGACCCGGUGGACUCUGACCUUCCGUGGCCUGGCGUCUUCAUCGGCAUGUCAGUUCCUUCCAUGUGGUACUGGUGUUCUGAUCAGGUGAUCGUGCAGCGUUCACUAGCUGCUAAAACGCUGAGCCAUGCAAAAGGCGGUUCCCUGCUGGCUGCUUACCUCAAGGUUGUGCCGUUCUUUGCCAUCAUGUUGCCCGGCAUGAUCAGCAGGAUACUUUUCACAGAUGAUGUAGCGUGUGCCGAUCCAGAGUUGUGCAAGCAGAUCUGCGGCAACCCAGUAGGAUGUACGGACACCGCUUAUGCCAGACUGGUCAUGGAGCUUCUGCCUGCAGGACUCCGAGGACUGAUGACGGCUGUGAUGAUUGCUGCGCUGGUCUCCUCCCUCACAUCCGUCUUUAACAGCGCGAGCACCAUUUUCACCAUCGACCUGUGGAAGACGUUCCGAUCUGGGGCGUCCGAGUGGGAGCUUAUGAUCGUGGGGAGGGUGUUUGUGCUCAUACUGGUGGUGGCAUCCAUUUUGUGGAUUCCUGUCAUUCAAGCCAGUCAAGGUGGGCAGCUGUUUAUCUACAUCCAGUCCAUCAGCACCUACCUGCAGCCCCCCGUGUCCAUCAUUUUCUUAUUGGGUUGCUUCUGGAAGAGGACUAAUGAGAAGGGUGCAUUCUGGGGCAUGGUUGUGGGUCUGACGAUAGGCUGCAUCCGGAUGCUGAUGGACUUCAUCUACCCGGCCCCGAUGUGCUUUGAGCCAGACGACAGGCCCGUCGUGGUCAAAUCGGUGCAUUACCUCUACUUCUCCAUGAUGUUGUCCUUCAUCACGCUCGUCGUGGUCGUGCUGGUCAGUCUGGCCACCGACAAGCCCAAAGACGAACAGAUUGAUCGUCUGACUUGGUUCACAAGAUUGAGCCCCGUGAAAGCCAAAGAGCAGCCCCGGGAGGAGGUUGCAAGUCACGAAAGGGCUGAGAUGGUGGUUACAGAAAAAGAAGGAGACAACAGCACAAGAAAAGAUUCGUCAGGCAAGGACUCCAGCAUGAGACGACAGUCCCGGCUGGUGUCUGCUCUCUACUGGCUCUGUGGGUUGAAUCCACAGAAAAAGGAGUCAAAGAAAAGUCCCGUGACGCCCGCGACCUCUGACCUCAGUCAACUGAAAGAAAAUCCACGUCUGAAACAGGUGCUCAACGCCAACCUGAUCAUGUGUCUCUCUGUGGCUAUGUUCAUCAUCGGCUACUGGGCUUGAGAGGCUGCCUUGCUCUUCUCGGAGGACUUUUCACCGAGGCCAUAAGGUUGUGUACACUAUUUUACGCCUUUCAAAUCAACAAAACAGUCAGAUGCGUAAUUCCAUAUUGCCAUGUUUUACUUCUUAAGAGUUAAAAAAACUUCAAUGUGUUGACAUACUGAGGUAUUUUCUUUACUGUCAAUUGUGUACAUUAGCCAUUUUCCCACCUUAAACAAAAUAAAAUUAAAAAACUGUUUUUAGUCAUGAGCUAUUUGGCAUUACAUGUUGAAAA